AUGGAAGCCAAAGAGCAGGGGAAGAAAAACUACAACCUUGACGUUGCAGAAAGCCCACCAAAAUCUGCAGAAUACGAAGCUGUGGUACGUGCAGGACCACAUCUGAGACCUCUCCAACAAGCUCACGCUUAUAUUGUAGUCACAGGCUGUCACCGUAGCCGCGCUCUCCUCACCAAACUCCUCACUCUAUCUUGCGCCGCCGGUUCCAUCUCCUACACUCGCAGCCUCUUCCGCUCCGUUUCUCACCCCGAUUCCUUCCUCUUCACUUCCCUCAUCAAUGCUUCCUCAAAAUUCGGUUUCUCUCUCGAUGCCAUCAUCUUCUACCGUCGCAUGCUCCUCUCUCGCAUUGCACCUUCCACUUACACCUUCACCUCUGUCAUCAAAGCCUGUGCUCAUCUUUCUGCUCUCCGACUCGGUACAAUUAUUCAUUCCCACGUUUUGGCUUCUGGGCAUGCCUCAGAUUCCUUUGUCCAAGCUGCAUUUGUUGCGUUCUACGCCAAAUCAAGUGCGCUUGGUGUUGCCCGGAAGGUGUUCGAUAAGAUGCCUCAACCAAGUCUCGUUGCUUGGAACUCCAUGAUAUCUGGUUAUGAACAGAACGGGCUUGCCAAUGAAGCAGUGGGGUUGUUUAACAAGAUGCGAGAAUUGGGGAUUGAACCUGAUUCCGCAACUUUUGUUUGCGUGUUAUCUGCUUGUUCUCAACUGGGAUCGCUUGAUCUGGGGUGUAGGGUGCAUGACUAUAUCGUUAGCAGUGGAAUUCGUGUGAAUGUGGUUCUUGCUACCUCGUUGAUAAACAUGUUCUCGCGGUGUGGUGACGUUAGGAGAGCGCGUGCGGUUUUUGAUUCAGUGAAUGAGAGGAAUGUUAUUACGUGGACAGCUAUGAUAUCUGGGUAUGGUAUGCAUGGUCAUGGUGUUCAAGCAAUGGAGCUUUUCCAUGGAAUGAAAGCAUGGGGGAUAGUGCCUAAUAAUGUAACUUUUGUUGCUGUCUUAUCUGCUUGUGCUCAUGCAGGGCUAAUAGACGAAGGGCGUUUUGUGUUUGCAAGCAUGAAGCAUGAGUUUGAUCUUGUUCCAGGAGUGGAGCACCAUGUUUGCAUGGUUGAUAUGUUUGGGAGAGCUGGGUUGCUCAAUGAAGCAUACCAAUUUGUUAAAGGACUUAGUCCUGAAGAACUUGUUCCAGCAAUUUGGACUGCAAUGCUUGGGGCUUGCAAGAUGCAUAAGAAUUUUGAUAUUGGGGUGGAAGUUGCUGAGUAUCUCAUCUCUGAAGAGCCAGAGAAUCCUGGCCAUUAUGUAUUGCUUUCUAACAUGUAUGCAUUAGCAGGAAAGAUGGAUAGAGUGGAAUCUGUUAGAAACAUAAUGAUCCAAAAAGGUCUUAAAAAGCAAGUAGGUUAUAGCACAGUUGAUUUCAACAAUAAAACUUAUCUUUUUAGCAUGGGUGACAAGUCUCACCCUGAGACAAAUGCAAUUUAUCAUUAUUUGGAUGAAUUGAUGUGGAGGUGCAAGGAAGCAGGUUAUGCCCCUGUUUCUGAAUCGGCAAUGCAUGAGUUGGAAGAAGAAGAGAGGGAGUAUGCUCUUAGAUAUCAUAGUGAGAAGCUUGCAGUAGCAUUUGGACUGAUGAAAACUAGCCAUGGAAUGACUCUCAGGAUUGUCAAGAACCUUAGGAUAUGUGAAGACUGUCAUUCAGCGAUUAAGUUCAUUUCUAUUGUGACAAAUAGAGAGAUAAUCAUUCGGGAUAAACUUCGUUUCCAUCAUAUUAGAGAAGGCUCUUGUUCUUGUUUAGAUUAUUGGUGA